GUGUGCUCACAUCUAUUUUUAGUGUGUCUGCAUGUUAGGAACCUUCUCGUCUUGUAAUCAUGGGCUCGCAGCAAGAAAUCCCCCAAGCAUCUGUGAGUAAUAAUGACUCGCUUUCUUUCAAAACACAUUUGUGAUCUGGAAGUUCUUUGACUCUCCCAGUUUUUCAAGUGACGAAGCAGCAAAGCCGGAAGAGGCGCGAGCCGGCGAUGGCUGAGAAGUGCGACUGCAUCGCCAGCAUGUACGGCUACGACCUGGGGUGCCCCUUCCUCAACUUCGAGCACGACAACAUCGUGAAGGUCUAUGAGGUGCUGGGACCCAAGGGGACCAAGCUGCACGGGGACUUUUUCAAGUUUAACAUGGUGUACAUCGUGCAGGAGUACAUGGAGACGGACCUGGCCCGGCUGCUGGAGCAGGGCAAGCUCACGGAGGAGCACGCCAAGCUCUUCAUGUACCAGCUGCUCCGCGGGCUCAAGUACAUCCACUCGGCCAACGUGCUCCACAGAGACCUGAAGCCAGCCAAUAUCUUCAUCAGCACCGAGGAUCUCGUGUUGAAGAUCGGCGACUUUGGGCUGGCCAGGGUUGUGGAUCAGCAUUACUCCCAUAAGGGUUGCCUCUCGGAGGGCUUGGUGACAAAGUGGUACCGCUCCCCUCGCCUGCUCCUCUCGCCCAACAACUACACCAAGGCCAUCAACAUGUGGGCGGCCAGCUGCAUCCUGGCUGAGAUGCUCACGGGAAGGAUGCUCUUUGCCAGUGGGCAUGAGCUGGAACAAAUGCAGCUUAUUCUGGAGACGAUCCCUGUCAUCCACGAGGAGGACAAAGAGGAGCUGCUGCGAGUGAUGCCCAUGUUCAUCAGCAGCACGUGGGAAGUGAGGAGGCCGCUACGCAAGCUGCUCCCCGAGGUGAACAGCAAAGCUAUUGAUUUUCUGGAGAAAAUACUGACGUUUAACCCAAUGGAUCGACUAACGGCCGAGAUGGGUCUGCAGCAUCCUUACAUGAGCCCGUAUUCGUGCCCGGAGGAUGAGCCGGUGUCUCAGCACCCGUUCCGCAUUGAGGAUGAGAUCGAUGACAUUUUGCUGAUGGAAGCCAACCAGAGCCAGCUGUCUAACUGGGACAGGUACCAGGUCAGCCUCUCCUCUGAUUUGGAAUGGAGACAUGAUAAAUACCACGACAUGGAUGAGGUCCAGUGAGACCCACGGGCAGGAUCUGAGUCCAUUGCUGAAGAAGCACAAGUUGAUCCACGGAAAUAUUCACAGAGCAGCUCAGAGAGGUUCCUGGAGCUAUCACACUCAUCAAUGGACCGAGUUUUUGAUGCUGAUUGUGGGAAAUCAUGUGAUUACAAAGUGGGAUCACCUUCCUACUUGGACAAAUUGCUGUGGAGAGACAAUAAGCCCCAUCAUUACUCAGAGCCCAAGCUGAUUUUAGAUUUAUCCCACUGGAAAAGAGCUACCAUAGCACCCACAGCCGAGAUCGCCUUGGAAGAAGAGCCUUCCAACCUCUUUCUGGAGAUUGCUCAGUGGGUGAAGAGCACGCAGGUGGGUCUUGAGUGCUCCAGUCCCCUUCCUGAGAUUCAAGAAUGGAGCCUGCCAUCUUCUCCUCACCACCUCCACAAGGAAUCCAAGGAGGUAGGCACUGCAACAGACCCUGAGUUUGACUUGGAUGUCUUCAUCUCCAGGGCCCUGCAACUUUGCACAAAACCCGAGGAUCUUCCAGACAACAAACUCAAUGACAUCAACGGAGCCUGCAUCGCAGAGCACCCCAGUGACAUGGUACAGACAGAGGUGUACCAGAAGGAGCGAUGGUGA